AUGACAUCGAAUCCUCAGAAGUCAGGCCUUCAACCUCAAGGACAGAGCACCUCGUCGACCCAGGCCGCCUCGCACUCCUCGUCCACCACCCCCCUGGCUCCUUCGUCGUCCACGUCGACGACUGCCAGAUCUUACGCCAACGCCACUAAAAAGUCCGCGACGGACUCGACCGCCGCUCCCGUCACCGUGGGCGGCUCUUCGCAACAUGGGAAGUCGACCUCAGAAUCUCCUGUGAGCGGCAAACCCAUGCAACAACAAAACCAACCUUCCGGCGUCACCAUCGUCAAUGGCGGUGCACCGGCCCCGGCUUCUUCUCAAGGCGACCAGCACUCGAGAAAACCCUCGGUGACCAUCACCUCUGCUGGAACUUCCGGCUACAUCCCCAACGGCGGCCCGGCCAGUCGUCCUAACAGCCUUCAGUUCGGCUUCGCCAACCAGCAGAGCUCUCCCAAUAUGGGUGCCCCUGCUGUGCCUGCCAGCCAGCCUCAGUCCGGCUUGGGUGUCGCCCCUACGACGAACCCUCGAGUGACUUCGCCCCAGACCUCGCCGUCUCCCAUUCCUCAGCCGGCUUCGAGUGGUGGUCGGCCACCGCCGUCGUCUUACCAGGCUCAGGGAAAUGUUCCCAACUUUGGAAGCUUUGGUGAUGCCGGUGAUGCUAACGCGCGUUCCAACCCUCAGGCACCCCUUGGACCCGGUCCUCAAUCCACCCAUCUUCGACGCGAAUCUUCCCAGUCGACACACAGCGAUAUGAGCGGUCCCGGUCGUGGUGGCUAUCCUAACCAGGGUGGCCGUGGACGCGGAUACUCGCAGUCUGGUUACCAGGGACAGGUCCCCUACUCGCCUGGCCCCAACUUCCGUUCGACCCCCAACCAGCCCCGGGGCGGUCCUAACAUGGGCCCUCAAUUCGGUCCUAACCAAGGCCGUCCUCUUGCUCCCUUCCCCAACUCGCCGCACCAGGCUGCCCGCAGUCCCGCUUUGGCCAACGCGCACCCCACAACUCCUCAGAUGAACCAGGUCCCCAUGGCCCCCCAGAUGCCUGCCCAGCCUUACGGCGGAUAUGGACAGCCCAUGGGUCCUCAAACAGUGAGACACCAUUCUUCUUACAAACCCCCUCGUCGUGGCCCUGUGGCGAAGAGAAAACACACUCCCCGUGUCUUUCCUUCGCCUAGUAUUUCUUCCCAUUCCUCCUCCUCCCCUUCCACCGUUUCAGUUCCACCCCCAGACUUGGCGCCAGAGAGUGGUCACUUUGAACGUUAUCUGAUGCUAAUGAAAUCCAACCCUCAGGGCUACCCCCAUGGUUAUGACCCCAACUACGCUUACUACAACCCGGCCGCCUACGGAAUGCAACAAAUGCAGUACAUGACCCCUCCCUCGCCGCAGCCCCGCCCCGGUAUGCCCUACAACCCCCAGGCACCUUUCAUGCAGAACCAGUACCCUGUGCAGCCUCCUCCCCAGGCCGCACCCUUGUCGCGUACCCCAUCGCAGGUUUCGAACGACCGUCCGGGCUCCAGUCUCAGCCAUGGCCAGCCUCCCGCAGCCGCCCCUGCUCCAGGCCACACUCCCUCUGCUAGCCGAACUUCCAACAGCCCCGCUCCUCCCAAGCCACACUUCAUCAUCCCAUCGGCCAAGAAGAGUCCAAUUGUCAUCAAGGACCCCGGCAGUGGCGUCGUGAAGACUUUCGAAAAGACCCCCGCCUCCCCAGCUCGUGCCAGUCCUUCCCCCGUCAAGAUGGCAACUCCUACCCCCACUCCUCCGCCACACACCGGUGGUGCCGCUGACCACGCCCGGUCAGACAGCAAGGCCACCAAGACGGACGAGGAGAAGAAGAAGGAGUUGAGAGAUGCGGUUCGCCAGAAGAUUGAACAAGAUGAGGCGGAGCAGCGUCGCAAGGCCGAAGAGGAGGCCGCUGCCAGCCGCAAGAAGGAAGAAGAGGAGACCGCUCGUAAGGAACAAGAAGCUGCUGCCGAGAAGAAGGCUGCCGAGGAGGAGAGCGCUCGCAAGGCCAUGGAAGACCUUAGCCUGAAGGAGAAGGCGGAAGAGCCCAAGAAGGCCGAACCCGCUCCCGCUGACGAUGAUGAAAUUGACUUCGAUGCCAUCGAGCGUGAGAUGGCUGAGAUCGAGGCCAAGGAAGCCGCUGCUGAAGCCGAUUACUACGCCAAGAAGAAGGCCGAGAAGGAGGAGAAGGAGCGCAAGGAGAAGGAAGAGCUCGAGGCCUACGAAGCCAAUAUGAAGAGCGCCGAGCGUGAGGCAGAGGCUCUUGAAGAGGCUCGUGAGAAGAAGCGUGCAGGUGGGGAGCCGGAUGGCAAGGACCUUUUCUCCUCCCUCAAGAAGGGCGGAUUCCCUGCGUCGGAGACUGCCACUCCUGCUGACAGUGGUACCGUCACCCCCGCUUCCGAUGCCUCAAUGGGUCCUCCCGCCAAGCCUGGUGCUGCUAAGCAGAAGCCCGCAGCUCUCAAGCUGGAGACCAACAAGGCAGUUGAGCCCCCUCAGCCCACCGCUGCGAUGAAGUCGCUGCAGUCUGCUCGUUUGAUCGAGGAUCUGAGCAAGAUCGCCUACCCUGCGUCGAUUGUUUCGCCCAACCCAGCUCUCAAUGCCAACGCACCCGCAGACCGCAAGUUCCACUACAACAAGGAGUUCUUGCUGCAAUUCCAAAGCGUUUUCAAGGACAAGCCUUCGGUUGACUGGGAUUCUCGUGUGAGAGAGACCGUGGGUGAGACCGACUCGUCGCGUCCCCAGUCUGCUCGGACACCGCUCAUGGGCGGCCGCAACAACUCGCGACCCGGUGGUAUCUCACAGGGCUUCCAGAUGGGUAACUUCGGCCAGCCAAACUCCCGCCACAGCUUGCCUCCUGGCAGCACCUCAGAGCAGCGCUUCGCCAUGUCGAAUGCCGCUCGCACUGCCUCGAUGGGCCCUACUCCGUUUGGUCAAUUCGGCCGCGCUGGCAUGGGUAUGGGCACUCCCCUCAGCCGUACCAAUUCUGCUAGCACAAUGGGUAUGCCUUCCUCGCCGCGUGUUGGCAGCAACCGCUCCGGCACCCGCACUGGCAGCAAGCGCGACAGGUCGGGCAAGAAGGAAGAGGAGAUGGCCAAGACCAUGCCUCUUACCGCCGGAAUGGAGGUCAAGGCCCUCCAAACAUCUGGCACUGGCUGGAAGCCUCGCAGCAUUGGCCAGCCUGCUGCUGGUCCUACACCUGGUGGUGCAGCUUACCUGGCUCCGGAUGUUGUCCAGCGUAAGGUCAAGGGUGCUCUCAACAAGAUGACUCCCGAGAACUUCGAGCGUAUCUCUGGACAGAUUCUGGAGAUUGUGUCUCAAUCCAAGGAUGAGUCGGACGGCCGCACCUUGCGACAAGUCAUCCAGCUCACUUUCGAGAAGGCCACUGACGAGGCCCACUGGGCAUCGAUCUACGCCAAGUUCUGCAAGCGCAUGCUUGAGAGUAUGAGCGCCGAUAUUAAGGAUGAGAACAUUCGCGACAAGAACGGCAAUGUUGUCGCUGGUGGCAGUCUUUUCCGCAAGUACCUCCUUAACCGUUGCCAGGAAGAGUUCGAGCGCGGAUGGAAGGUCAACCUGCCCCCCAAGCCCGAAGGUGUUACUGAAGAAGCUGCUAUGAUGUCCGACGAGUACUAUAUCGCUGCUGCCGCCAAGCGUCGUGGUCUUGGUCUCGUCAAGUUCAUUGGUGAGCUGUACAAGCUUGGCAUGUUGACAGAGCGUAUCAUGCACGAGUGUGUUAAGAAGCUUGUCGACUACGAGGGCAUGCCCGACGAAGCCGAGGUUGAGAGUUUGACCAGUCUCCUGCGCACCAUCGGUGCCAGCUUGGAUGUUUCCGAGAGAGGUCACGCGAUGAUGGAUGCCUACUUCGUCCGUAUCACCAUGAUGAUGGAGACUCCCGACCUGCCCAGCCGAUUGAGAUUCAUGCUUUUGGAUAUCAUCGACUUGCGUGCCUCUGCCUGGCGAUCCAAGGAUGCCGACAAGGGCCCCAAGACCAUCCACGAGAUUCGCGAAGAGGCUGCUCGUGCUCAACAAGAGCAAGAGAUGGAGCGUCUCCGCCAGCAAGCUUCUCGUGGCGGCGGUGGUCGUCCCGGCAUGGGCCGUGGAGAUGCUCGCAGCUACUCGGGCUUCGGACACCAGGCUCCUCCACCGGAUUAUGCCUCCAGUAAGGUUGGAAGCGAUGAUUUGCGUCGUCUUCGUACGGCCCGCAACACCAACCAGCCCAUGUCGUUCGGACCCUCCAACAUGCUCGGCUCCCGUAGCAACAGUGGCCGCAAGAACCUUGGCCCCGGUGGCAACUUGGUUCGUGGCAGCGACGACAGCGCAGCCAGCAGCCGCAACGGAUCGAACACCCCCGGCAAGAAAGAAGACAAGGAGGCUGCGUCGUCCAUGAACGCCUUCAGUGCUCUUGCUAGCUUGGAAGACCGUGACAACAUGGCCACCUCUCCUCCCUCCAACCCUACCUCUCCUCAAUUGACGAAGUCCCAACCCGCAGUUGAGCGCCGACCCUCGAAAACUCCGUCCAAGGACGGCGAAGCAUCAUAG